GUUUUUCAUGCUGACUGAUGUGCUGAGUCAUCGUUUUUCAUGCUGAGUCGUGUGUGUUGUCAGUGUGGCGUGCUGAAGGAGAAGCUGGACUCUCUGCUGAAGACUCUGAACGAGGAGUCUCAGGCCUCCACCCUGCCUCCCCCGGCUCCUCCCCCGACUAUUGCCGAGGAGCAGGAGGAGGCCGAGGGAGUCGCGCCGCCUCCUCUUCAUCAUCAUCAUCAUCAUCCUCACGCCCUGCCCUGCUCGCCACGCACCAACGCCACCUCCUCAGCCGCUGCCAUCUUUAAACCCCGAGAGCAGCUGAUGCUGAGAGCCAACAGCCUGAAGAAAGCCAUCAGACAGAUCAUCGAACACACCGAGAAAGCGGUGGACGAGCAGAACGCUCAGACACAGCAGCAGCUCUUCUGUCUCAGCCGGGCCGAGGAGGACGAGGGUCUGGUGGAGGAGGAUGAGGACGUCGACGAGGACAAGAUGUCUCUGCAGUCGUCCUACAGUGCCAAACACUGCAACACACGCAGAGUCAGUAAGACACCCUGUGAGAAGCUCAUCAGUAAAGGCAGUCUGUCUCUGGGCAGCUCUACGUCCCUUCCUGUCCAGACAGGAAGUAGAGACAUCAUGCCCAUGCUGAACACAAAGAUCUUGUAUCCAGGUCUCCGGGGGAUCUCGGGCUCUCUGUCCAGCAGCUCAGUAAUCAGCCGCCUGCUGGUGAACGCCGACCCUUUCAGCUGUGAUCCUGACAACAUGGACUGCUACACAGAGAAGUGUGUCAUGAACAACUACUUUGGAAUCGGACUGGACGCCAAAAUCUCUCUGGAUUUCAACAACAAGAGGGACGAACAUCCAGAGAAGUGCAGGUACACAAGUGUGUCAUACACCGUCACAGACCGCCAUACACCGUCACAGACCGCCAUACACGUCACAGACUGUCACAGACCGCCAUACACCGCCAUACACUGUCACAGACCGUCAUACACCGUCACAGGCCGCCAUACACGUCACAGACUGUCACAGACCGCCAUACACCGCCAUACACCGUCACAGACCGUCAUACACCAUUACAGACUGUCAUACACAUCAUACACCAUCACAGACCAUCAUACACAUCAUACACCAUCACAGACUGUCAUACACCGUCACAGACCGUCAUACACCAUCACAAUCUCUCAUACACCAUCACAGACCUUCAUACACUGUCACAGACUGUCAUACACGUCAUACACCAUCACAGCCCUUAACAGUCCUUCAUGCACU